AUGAAGAAAGACAUAAUGGCGACCCCAGAAAUACAGAAUAUAGACAAAGGCACGACGCUCAUGGAGAUCGGACAGCACUGUUUCAUCUGUCACGAUAUCGAUUUCUUGCCCUAUAGAUGUGAUCUUUGCAAGAGGAACUACUGUUCGAAUCACAAGGAUGAACUUGCCACCCACGUAUGUCCUAAUGCUCCGAGGAAAUCGAGCUCGGGACAGAAAGCUGUUGCCACAACAAAGUUGCCUCCUGCUUCCUCGGUUUUUCCAGAUUUGAAGGCAAUUAGACAACAGGCGUUUGCCUCACCUCCCAAACCCAACAGCAUCAGCUCCAAACUCCUUGCGGACUCCAAGAGUUUGGAUACAAAAAUAUCCGAGUCCGCUUCUCAGGCCCUAGCGAAGCUGAAAAAAUUUAUGACUUUGAAUGCAAAGAGUUCAAAAGUCAGCAAAAACACUCCUAGUCAGUUCAUUAUAGAGACGUCAAAACUGAAGAAUACUGCCAAGGGAGACGCGAAAAUUCCCGAAUCAGAGAGAGUCUACAUUUGGGUGGACUAUAUACCCGAAGACUUGAAGGUAUCUGGGUCUUUGAAAGUGCCAAUAUUCGUUUCAAGAUCGUGGCCCAUUGGCAGACUACUGGACUCUGCCUCGGCCCAGCUCAAGAUCAAGAAUGAGAACAAUAAGACCACAGAUGUUUCGAAGAGAUUGACCAUCUUCAGAAAGGAAAGAGUUGGCGAGAAAGGUAAUUCUUUCGUGUAUAUUCCAGCGAAUGGCAGAGUGAAUAAGGAGAUUGUCACUGGAGAUCAGAUAUAUUUGGUGAGAGGGGCUUCUGUAUGA